AUGAAUAAAAGUAAUUCCAGAAAAUUUGAUAUUAUAGUAAUCGGCGGAGGUCAUGCCGGUAUCGAAGCUUCUUUAAUUAGUGCCAAACUAGGACACCGAGUGGUUUUAAUUACUCUAAGCAAAAAUAAAAUUGGCCUGAUGCCUUGUAAUCCCUCAGUGGGAGGGGUAGCUAAGGGAAUAGUAGUGCGAGAAAUUGAUGCUUUGGGGGGAGAAAUGGGAAAAGCAGCAGACGCAACCGCUCUCCAAUUUAAGUUAUUAAAUACUUCAAAUGGGUUAGCGGUGCAAGCCCUUCGCGUUCAAUCUGACAAAGUAGCCUAUGCCCGUUAUAUGCAAAAGGUAGUCAAUGAACAAAAAAAUUUGACUGUGAUUGAAGGAGCUGUCAAAAACUUGUUAAUUACAAAAAAAAAAGCAAAAGGAGUGGAAUUGGAUAAUGGUGAAAUUUUUUCCGCCAAAAUAGUAAUUUUAACUACUGGCACUUAUCUUCGACCAAUUAUUUACCAGGGUCAAGAAAGCAAAGUUGAAGGAGCGACUGGCGAAAAAGAAGUAGUCAAUAAUAUUUCUCAGCAGUUAAAGGAAAUAGGUUUUAGAUUAAAUCGCUUUAAAACUGGCACCAGUCCCCGAAUUUUGAAAAAUAGUAUUGACUAUACCCAGUUCAAAUUAGAACCGGGCACUAAUUUACCUUUACGCUUUUCCUCCCGAAGUGAUUAUUCUCAAUUAUUAACUUUCACUCAGCAAUUGCCUUGUUAUUUGCUUCAUACUAAUGAGAAAACCCAUCAAAUUAUUCAAAAAAAUCUCCAUUUAUCUCCAAUUUUUAGCGGAGAAAGUAUUGGGGAUGGACCGCGUCGUUGUCCUAGUAUCGAACACAAAAUUCAUUACUUUGCCGAUAAGAAAACCCAUCAAAUUUUUGUGGAACCGCAAUCCCAAAUAGAAGGCACUAAGGAAGAAAAAUCGGUCUAUUUGCAAGGGCUUUCCACUUCUUUACCAGCCGAAGUUCAAAAAAAGAUUUUUUUAGAAACUAAACUAGUCAUUAACUUAUUUGUGGCCGGACAAAUUAAUGGAACUACUGGUUAUGAGGAAGCCGCCGCCCAAGGACUAAUGGCCGGAAUUAAUGCUAGCCGGAAACUAAAAAAGCGAAAACCGUUAGUUUUAAAAAGAAGCGAGGCUUAUAUUGGUGUAAUGAUUGAUGAUUUAACUACCAAGGAAAUUACUGACCCUUACCGACUUUUAACUUCUUUGGCCGAGCAUCGUUUAUUAUUAAGGCACGAUAAUGUUUAUACCCGCCUUUGGCCGAUUAAUCAAGAACAAAGAGAAUUAGAAGCCAACAUUAAAUACAAAGAGCAACUUGAAAAUCAAUUAAAGGAAGCCGAAAAAUUAAAUAAAUACGAGGCUAAAAAAAUCCCAGGGGAGGUUAAUUAUGCAAAAAUUAAUAAUUUAACCAAAGAAGCCCAAGAAAAAUUAACUAAAAUCAAGCCAAUUUCACUGGGACAAGCCAGACGAAUAGGGGGGAUUAGCCCAAUUGAUAUACAAAUACUAAAACACCAUGCCAAUUAUGCUGAAAAAGGUCAAGAUAUUGUGUGUGCCGCUAUCUCUGCGAUUACUAAUGGCACGGUUAAUUUUCUCCAAAUUCAUUAUAAAAACGAUUGUAAAAUUUCUUACUUACCGACCGAGAUAAAUAUUUAUCUUUCAAAUGAUAAUUUUGAAUGCCAAUUAUGCCUGAGUUUAAUGCUUUAUCAACUUAAAAAUGUUGCUGAUUCAUAUCCAGAUUAUUUAAAAAUUAAACAAGAAAAAACCACUAAACCAAAUUAA